UUGAUCAAGACAGCAUUGCAGAAUGUUUGGAUCUUAACCUCCCAUUGGAAACUUAGUCUGGGUGAAUCUGAAGACACAUUGCUAUUUCUAAAGCCUUUCCAUGGAGUCUUGCAUUUCAGGGACCACACCGGGGAUGUCUCAGAAUUCAGCCAUUUUGUUCUGUCUUUAGACCCAAUGAACCCACAAGGGGAUGUAAUUCUCCCUCCAUGGUGGGAAAAUGUCUUUGACUGCAAGAUUCACCAACCAGGCAAGAUCCCUCCAAAGGGGGAAAAACAAUGUACAGGAAAGGAGAAUGUGCAGAAUCUGCCCAAUUACACUUUUGAAACAAGCAUGACAGCUGAAAGUUACAAUAUCUACAAUGCCAUUUAUGCUCUGGCACAUGCUUUACAUGCAAUGUAUGGAUCCAGAGCCCGACCAACCAUGAUGAGGCUUGGAAAGAGGAUCUCCAAUGUCCAGUCAUGGCAGAUUCUUCCUUAUUUGAGGAAUGUGCAGUUCAACAACAGUGCUGGAGAGGAAGUCUCCUUCUCAGAAGAUGGACUGGGAUCUGCUCGUUAUGAUCUUCUCAACUGGGUUUUCCUCCCCAAUCAAUCUUUUGUCCCCGUGAAAGUUGGGCAAGUAAAUCCUGAGGCUCCCCCAGGCCAGGAUUUCACCAUUAAAUCUGAUGGAAUCAUCUGGGCCACAAAGACCAUCCCCAUUGCCAGGUGUGGAAGGAAGAGGUGCCAUGCAGGAGAGAGGAGAAGAGUUCCAGAAGGCAAGCAGGUUUGCUGCUACCAAUGUGACCCUUGUCCAGAAGGGACCAUUUCUAAUCAGACAGAUGCAGCUCGCUGUGAACCCUGCCCAGAAGACCAAUUUCCCAACAAGGACAAGGACCACUGCAUUGCCAAGAAGAUCCACUUCCUUGCCUAUCAAGACACCCUGGGAUACAUUUUAGUUUUUCUUGCUUUUUUCCUCUCUGUGAUCACUUCUGCAGUCCUGGUGAUUUUCUAUAAACAUCAUGACACACCAAUUGUCAAGGCCAACAACCGAGAUCUCACUUACAUUCUCCUGGUCUCCCUCCUGCUCUGCUUCCUCUGUUCCUUCCUCUUCAUUGGUCGACCUGGGAAGGUCACCUGUCUCUUCCAACAAUCUAUCUUUGCCAUUCUCUUUGCCCUUGCAGUUUCCUCUGUGUUGGCAAAAACUGUCAUGGUGGUUCUGGCCUUCAUGGCCACCAAACCAGGGAACAAGACAAGGAAACUCUUAGGGAAACCACUGACCAACUCCAUUGUCAUAGCCUUUCCCCUGAUCCAAGCAGUCCUUUGUGCCACCUGGCUGAUAACUUCUCCCCCAUUUUCCAGCUGUGACUUUCACUCCUUGUAUGGAGAGAUCAUCUUGGAAUGUAAGCAAGGCUCAACUGUAAUGUUUUACAUUGUCCUCUCUUACCUAGGACUUUUGGCCUUUGUCAGUUUCUCAGUGGCCUUUCUGGCUAGGAAAUUGCCUGAUAGUUUCAACGAAGCCAAGUUCAUUACUUUUAGCAUGAUGGUCUUUUGCAGUGUUUGGAUCUCCUUCCUCCCUACCUACCUGAGCACCAAAGGAAAGUCCAUGUUGGCUGUGGAGAUUUUCUCCAUUUUGGCCUCUGGAGCUGCUCUCUUGGCUUGUAUCUUUUUCCCCAAAUGCUAUAUUAUUCUGCUGAGGCCAGAUCUGAAUUGUAGAGAAAAUAUAGUAAGAAACAAGAAUUUCUAACUAA